AUGAACGUUCCCCCACAAGACACGAGUUCCGGUGACAAUGUUCCAUCUGGGAACUACCAGCUUGCUCUACCGUCUCCAUCCCGGACACGAGUGGACGCACAGACCCACGCAACCCGAUUGGUGCAUACGAUAUUGAAUGCUCCAUUUAUAGAUCCGGCUCACUUGACCACACAGCUCUCAUAUGUGCAGUUUACCAACGCAGAGGAUCUGUGGAGAAACAGUGCUUUGCUUUAUCACGCUGCUGGAGCGCUAAUUGACUGCAUAGGAAGGAGGGCAGUUGAAAAUCCGCAGUCCACCCUUGUAAAUUCAUUCCGUCUCGAGGACACCGUUCGGAGUGCCCAGACUCUUGAAGGUAGGAUCAAUAGCCUACUCCGUGUUCUCUCCAGCCUCCAAGACAAGCAAGAUGACUAUCAAAAGGUCUUACUCCUCUGGAACGAAGCAUCUGAGGCGCUUGACAACCUCCAAGAAAUCUGGCGGCACCGUGCAGAUGUUGCUAAUCUCUUGAGUCGGCAACAUGGACCCCAUCCUCCCUCAUUCACAGAUGUUCAAGAGGCCAUGGGGCAGAUUUUGAGUGCAAUUCAGGGAGGAGGUCACAUGGAGGAAGUAGAUGGGGAUCCAGUGAACGAGGAAUAA